GCUCUUGAUGGAAAUGUGUAUGAUCACUUGAAGGAUUAUUUAAUAGCCUUCAGCCGAACUGAACUAGAAACAUGUCAAGCUGUGCAGAACACAUUCCAGUUUUUAUUAGAAACCUCCAGCAAGGUGGUACGGGACUAUAAUCUUCAGCUGUUUCUACAAGAGAAUGCUGUAUUUCACAAACCCCAGCCCUUCCAGUUCCAACCUUGUGACAGUGAUACUAGCCGACAAUUAGAAUCAGAAACUGGAACCACAGAGGAACACAGUCUAAACAAGGAGGCUCGGAAAUGGGCCACACGCGUGGCACGUGAGCACAAAAACAUUGUUCACCAACAACGAGUUUUAGAUGAUCUGGAAUGUCAUGGAGUUGCAGUAUCAGAACAAAGCCGAGCUGAGUUGGAACAGAAAAUAGAUGAAGCUAGAGAAAAUAUUCGUAAAGCAGAGAUUAUUAAGUUGAAAGCUGAAGCCCGGCUGGACCUGCUAAAGCAGAUCGGUGUUUCUGUGGACACAUGGCUAAAGAGUGCAAUGAACCAAGUAAUGGAAGAACUGGAAAAUGAGCGAUGGGCUCGCCUUCCUGCAGUGACCAAUAAUGGCACUUUACACUCGCUCAAUGCAGAUACCGAAAGAGAAGAAGAAGAGUUUGAAGACAACAUGGAUGUUUUUGACGACAGCAGUUCCAGCCCUUCUGGCACCUUAAGAAAUUACCCACUCACCUGCAAAGUUGUUUAUUCCUACAAGGCUUCUCAACCAGAUGAGUUGACCAUUGAGGAACAUGAGGUGUUAGAAGUGAUUGAAGAUGGAGAUAUGGAAGACUGGGUAAAGGCUCGAAAUAAAGUUGGCCAAGUGGGUUAUGUGCCAGAAAAGUACCUCCAGUUUCCCACCUCCAACAGUCUACUGAGCAUGCUGCAGUCCUUGGCUGCUUUGGACAGUCGGUCACACACAUCGAGCAAUUCCACGGAGGCCGAACUCAUUUCAGGCAGCCUCAACGGAGAUGCCAGUGUCUGUUUCGUGAAAGCACUUUAUGACUACGAGGGCCAGACAGAUGAUGAAUUAUCUUUUCCUGAGGGAGCAAUCAUCCGAAUCUUGAACAAAGAAAACCAGGAUGAUGAUGGCUUCUGGGAAGGGGAAUUCAAUGGGCGGAUUGGAGUUUUCCCAUCGGUGCUAGUGGAAGAACUUUCAGCCUCAGAAAAUGGUGACACUCCAUGGAUGAGAGAGAUUCAGAUCUCUCCUUCCCCCAAGCCACCCGGCUCCCUGCCUCCACUGCCGUUGUACGACCAGCCUCCCAACAGCCCUUACCCCAGCCCAGAUAAGAGGAGCUCCCAGUACUUCCCCCGCUCUCCUUCAGCAAAUGAAAAUAGUUUCCAUGGUGAAUCACCAGGAUUCGCACAGGCACCAAGGCAUACUCCUGAGACCUCAUAUGGGAAACUGCGACCUGUCCGGGCAGCUCCCCCUCCACCUACACAGAACCACCGAAGGCCAGCAGAGAAGAUCGAGGAUGUGGAAAUCACACUGGUGUGAUGAUGGGUUUGCCCGUCUGUUACUGCUACAAUCAAGGCCAAGCUUGGAGUUUGGCCAGUCUUGUUUUUUAGGCACCUUUGCAUGAUGAUGACUCUUGAACAGAGCAAAACCCAGGAGGAUUAUAAAUGCCUGAGUGGCCUGGUGGAUUCCUCCCAUGUUUUGGAUAUUUUGUGCCUUUUUUUGUUGUCAUUUUCUAUGUCAUCUCUCCUACCAUAGCACAAAUACUAAUGGGCCCUCAAAGCAGAGGGGGACAGCCCUCAUGCCUAACAGUGGUCCAUUUUUAUAUGAGACUCAAGACCAGGCCUUAUCCAGGGCACAGUCACAGAGACACUGAUCAUGUGCACUCGUACAGUAUAUUACUGUGGCCACAAGGUUGUGGCAAAGAUUCUCAUCUUUUUUCAAGUGGCUUUUGCUCGUCUGAUCGAGUUUAAUCAGAUCAUGUUGGCUACAUAAGAAAGCAGAAGGAGGGAUUUCAGGAGAGGCUGGCUCCUCCCCGCAUUUAGUCCCCAGACUGAGGAAGUAGAACCUUAUUGGAAACAAGCGGACUGCCUGAGUGUAGCGCCAAUUGCAUUAAUGCACAUCUCUUCCACAACUAACAGAUUUAAAACAAUAACAGUGUCCUUCGUAUUAAUAUUUAUGCCAUUCAUUUAGUAUUAGUGGAGCUAAUAUGGAGGGGCUGAACAGUAGCCAAAUGUCCAUCACAUAGACUAAUAGAAAGGAGGCUGCGGCUAAGGCAGAAAUGGAGCUUCCAGAUCUGAAGUGAGCCGAUUUAAUGUUCUUUUUGUAUUUGGGUAUUUUUCAUCUUAAUUUUUGCAGCAUAUAGUCCUCUGACCAGUAUCCUUAUAAUCUGAAUGUCUAAAUAAAUUGGGGACACAUACUUGCCUUGUUAAGCUUCUCUAUGGGGAGCCCUGAGCAUUGUUUUAUUCUCAAGCCAGUGCACUGGCCCAGCCAGCCAGGUUGUGGCUGGUCCAGACCAGCAGCCACCCCUGGCAGAAAAUGCAGCUUCCCAGGUACCACUGACCUGACAUUUCCUUGGGAGGAAGAACCUGUGGCUCAUGGAAGAAACCAGCGUCCUAUGAAAAAGAACUAAAGGAUUGCACACCCUGCACAAGUGCUAUUUGACAAGGAAAAGACAAGUUCUCCACGUCACAGGGAGAGCCAGGAGUAGCUUUCUCCACGGGCUAGCAAGCCCACAGCAGCAGAUGUCCCAGAGUCAGCCGCUGCUGGCCCUCCACCUCCUAUGGAAGAUAGGGAGUGAGUUAACUAGGACUAAGGGAUAUCUGCCAGUUGUUUAUUUUUUUUUAAGAAAUCAAAUUCACAGAAUUUAAUCUAAAAGUUGUGUUAUGCUUUGAAAACUCCAUCCUUCCUAAGACUCUAAAAACUUGAAAUGCUCGCCCAAUGUCCCCAUGGGAUUAUUGACCAAAAGUAAGGUCAUAGCUGAAGAAAUUUUUAGUCAUUUGAUCACUUCAGUGACAAUGUCCAUUGAUGAAUCUUCUCUGUGAUUAGGAGUUUUUUUGGGAGUUUUUUUCUUUUCUUUUUUUUGCAUUUCUUAACCUGUUGAUCUAUUUGAGGUCUUUUUAUGUUAUCAAACUUAUUCUUAAGUUUAAAAAAAAGAAAUUAAGGGGUGGUUUUCUUAAGAUUUUAAUGUUUGCUGGUAUGUUAAACAUCUUCCAAGCACUUUAAAAAUCUUCAAAGUGCAUAAAAUCAGGCAGUUCCUGCCACCCAGUCUUGUAUUCUCUCUUUCUAGCUAGCCAAAUUGUCCUUGAAUCUGGAUUUUCCACAUUUUCAGAGGGUUAUUUGAAAUUUUUUUGUUAUAUUUUAAAAUAUUUUUUGGAAGAGCUGCUAAUUUUAUUUUAAAAAAACAAAGUUGUAAAAAUAUGCCUCCUUUUUAUAAAGAACCCCUCCCUCCAAGACAUGUUAUCCAGCAUCACAGUGCACAGGGCCAGGCUCUGAGGGCGUACCUCUGUGCAGAUGUGCUUUCUUUACAGUGGCUGUAAAAAGUUUGUAUUUAUUAUGUAUAAAAUGUUGAAUAAUAAAAAAUGGAAUUAAG